UUCCGGUUCAUCCGAGAUAUUCCGAAUGGACGUGUAUGGGUAGCGACGUUUGCAGGCUUAUUUUCUUUUAUUUAUGUCUUAUUUCUGAUUAAAGAAAAAAUGACAGCAACGGUAAAUAGGAAAGGGACUUUUAUUCUAUCAGAUCCAGAGCCAAUAAGGGAGUCUGGAUUAGACAAGCAAAAUGUUAUGCGACUUAGAAUCAACAGAAUUGCACUUGUUCAAGAGCUACGUGUCGAGCACAUUCUUGGACACUUGGUAGAGUGUGGUGUAUUGUCGGAAGAUGACUUGAAGAGGAUUCAUGCUGGUUCAACCCAAGCUGAUAAAGCAAGAGUUCUUGUUGAUCUUCUUCCAACCAAAGGACAACAUAUUGAUUGGUACAGAGCUUUUAGAGAAGCUCUACAAAACCCUGAUGCUGGACAGGAAGUGAGAAAACGAUACAAGCUGUUGGUAGAAUUUCUUGACAAUACUGUUAUCCAUAGACCAAACUCACAGCAUACCAAGUUUUCUGAGGUGGAGUCACCAAGGCAUAAAUUACCUAAAUAUAGACCACUUCCUUCAAUAAAAUCCCCAGAUGGUCAAGCACAAAAUGUUCUAAAUAUAGAAGAGGAGAGAAAACAAGAGGAGGAGAAGGUGUUGAGGGAGAUUGAGGAGAAAGAGGAGAAAUAUCCGACAUGGAGUGGCAGAUUUGAGAAGACUAACGAUGCUGUCACACUUGUUAAAGGUUACUUUCAACAGUGGAUUCCAACUCCAGACAACUUCCGAUCUCUUCUUACAAUUCCAGAGGAGCAUUUUCACAAGUUGGAGAAAUCCGCAGACCCUGCUGACAGAGAGCAACUGGAACAGGAGUCACAAGCUCUCGAAAAAAUAAAGAAACUUGAACUUGUAACUGUCCUUUCAAGGCGUAAAAUGCUUCCGGUCGGCUUUGAACUUUGCAUGUGUGACAUCGUCCAAGAAAUUCUUCAGGAACCAAAAUUUUAUCAUCUGUAUUUCAAAUAUCUUAAAUCGCUCGAAAGUGUUGACGUUAACUUGUUACAAGAUAUUGUCAGUUCAUUUUACUCGGUUCUUAAAAGCAAUAACAAGGUCGCAAGGAAUGCCGACAGUGUAAAACAAUUCACUUCAUUAGCAUUUUCACUCAUUGAUUUUAUGACGGAAUAUGGGUACUAUACAGACGCAGAGAAAGUGAUGUCAAUAUUAAUGUCCUUCUUACGUGAAUCUCACCAUUUAGAUAUUUGGAUGACGAAGUAUCGUGGAUACGUAAAACUUAUGCAUUUGCGGAAUCGAAACUACAAUUUCAUCGGAGCCAGUCAGGCUUAUCAGGCAGCAGUGGAAAUGACGUGGCAGAUAAAAAUGAUGUCAUUCGGACAGGAUAUUAUCAACGAAGCGGAAAUAUAUACAGAACUGAGUCACAUGUUGCUUGAACUUGGUUCUGUAAAUCCAGCAUUCUCAUGGUCGCAAAAAGCUCUCAAGGAAGUGAAGUCAUGUGAUAAAGUGGUGUUGAUCAAUACAUUGUGCAAUGCAGUGAUGGCAUACUGUGCAAAAUGGCAAGUAAAACGUGCUGAAAAACUGGCAAUAUACACUGUACAGCUUGCAAAGCAUCAUUUUGGUCAACGCAAUCCUCUGUAUUUGAAGGCACUUUUACAUUUAGUUCACUUUGCCACUGAGUUCAGACAAGAUGAGUCAUGCCUGCAGCUAGCAUUAUUUUCCUUAUCAACUGCGAAGAAGAUAUAUUGUUGCGACACUAUUGAGUUGGCUUAUGUUCAUCGAGCAGUCAGUAAGGCCCUGAUGGUGUUACAAAAGUUUGAUACAGAGAAAUAUUUCUAUCAUUCUUACGAGGCCCUGAGAAUCGCUAAAAGAAUUCUGACAGAGGAUCAUCCCAUGUUGUACAUCUUCCUUCAUACCUCUGCAUCAGCCUUGCAAUGGAAAGCUUUCCACGCCAAUAAAGAAACCCAGGAUGCUACAUUGAGACUUGCCGAGACCGAAGCAAGAAAAGCAUUGGAACUUGUCAUUCAACAUUACGGAGAGGUCAGCUUAAGAACAGCGCAAGUCUAUGCCUUACUUGGACAAGUCUAUUCUAAAAUGGAUAGAUUACAGUUAGCGGAAGAUAUGAUGCAGACAAGCGUAGCAUUGAUGAAACUGUGUCAGCCAAGCAACAGUUAUUUCCGGCUCCUGGCCGCAGCCACCCUCGGAACUUUCUACAAAAUCACAGAGAAACCAAAAGAGUGUAUCAUGAUAUUGAAAAAUGUAGUUGACAAUGUUGCAAGCGUGGAUCAUUUAAGAGAAUCCUCAGGUGUAUACAUGAAGUGGAUCCACACAUGCUUUGAGAACCUCAUCCACACAUUACAAUCACUCAACAUGAACAAGCAAGUGGAUAGCGCUCAAAUACAGCUCUCUCAUUGGCUGAGGGAGAACCCCAAAUUGGAUGGCACUGUCACCAUUACAACACUUCAUGAAGAACCUCAAAGCUUCGAGGAGUUCAUGGAAGAUUUCAACAUUUGGGAGAAGAAAAUGAAAAAAGCACUCAAUUUUGCGAAAGAGUUGAAAGAAACGGAGGAUGCUGUUGAAAAGGGCUACAAGGGUUAAAGUUGGCAAGUUGCCAAAUGAUUUAUCGUUAAAACUGUUUAUUUAUUGAUGUGUAUAGAGGGCUAACUUUAUUUUUGUCAUAAUUUAUUGUUUCAAGUUGCUGCUUAAUUUCUU